AUGGAUUGUACCGGUCGGUUUCGGAUAAGUUGUUUCGGUCCAUCGAAAUCCAAAACCGACCGCCUAUUACUGAUUUUCUAUUUCAUUUCAGUUUCACAGUCUCUCACUCUCUCUAAUCUCUGCUGCUAGGGUUUCACCACGCUGUCUUCUACCACCGUCGUCAUUUACGAUUCUCAAGCACCACCAUGCCACCAUGCCGGCCACCACGAACCACCAACGAUCAAGUUUUAACCCUAUAGAAAGUAGAACACAAACCGAUCGAUCCACCCCUGUUUUAACCCUAGUGCAGCAGCUUCAAUGGCUUUUUGCUUAUUCUCAAACUCAUGUGGAAAAGGAAAGAAAGAGAGCACAAGAUGAUGAUAUUGCAGCCACAUCUUAUGUGAAGGGACAAUACUCUAUUCCGAAUUGUAUUGAUGUCUUGAUAAUUGUAAACCAGAAAAAACAGGGUCGGGGUGAUUGGAGCGAUGAUAUAUUUAGCUAUGCUUUAGAAUUGAUUAAAGAUAGCAAAAAUAGAGUCAUUGUUAUCUAUUUAAAAAAUCGGUUAAAUGAUUUGGCCAAUUGGAUAAACCACAAGUAUGACAGUAGAAACCGCUAG